ACUCGUGCACACUCCGCCUAGUUUUUUUUCCGCGUUGAAUGGAUUAGUUCUUGUGCUAAAUAUUGCUAUUACGACUAUGAGACAGAAUUUCUAAUCACGUUACCUUACGCCGAGCUGAGGGGGGAAUCCCUCCGUCAGUUGUUCUGGUUAAGAGAUUUAUAGAAAACGAGCUGCAGGCAAAUAUUGAAGAUCCGACGAGAGUCAUGUCCAGUUCACCCAAAGGAGGAAAGAAAGGGAAAAAACAAAAGCCUAGUAAAUUUGAUUUUACAAAAAGUCAUCCAUCACCUACCACAUCCCCAUCCACCACUCCACCCAGGAAUUUGAGUGAUAAAGCUACACUUACUGUUAAUGGCAAGGACUUUGAAUGUAAUGCAGAUGAUUUAAAGGAAAUAAAGGAGCUAGGACAUGGAGCAUAUGGUUUUGUUUACAAAAUGCAACAUCAACCAACAGGGUUUAUAAUGGCUGUCAAAAGAAUACGUGCCAAUGUAAAUUCAACAGAGCAGAAAAGGCUUUUGAUGGAUUUGGAUGUGUCGAUGAGAGUAACUGACUGCCCUUACACUGUACAUUUUUAUGGAGCACUGUUUAGAGAGGGAGAUGUCUGGAUUUGUAUGGAGCUCAUGAAAGCAUCACUAGACAAACUUUACAAAAAAGUUUAUGCCACUCCUGGCCGAAGGGUGCUUGAAGAAGUCCUACGGGAAAUAGCCAUUGCUAUGGUCCAUGCAUUAAAUUAUCUUCACAGUAAACUGCAUGUAAUCCACAGAGAUGUGAAGCCUUCUAACAUUUUAGUGGAUGAAAAAGGAAAUUUUAAACUGUGUGAUUUUGGAAUAAGUGGUCAGCUGGUAGACUCACUGGCAAAAACUGUUGAUGCAGGAUGCAAACCUUACAUGGCACCUGAGAGAAUCAACCCAGCCAAAAACAUGGAAGGAUAUGAUAUUCGCUCUGACAUUUGGAGCCUAGGAAUCACUAUGAUAGAACUGGCAACUGGUAAAUUUCCAUACACUCAGUGGAAGACACCAUUUGAGCAGCUGAAACAAGUUGUUCAUGAGCCUUCACCAACUCUUCCUGAUGGGGGACCAUACUCGGAUGAACUAAGAGAUUUUGUUGUUCAAUGCUUACAGAAAGACUACAGUAAAAGGCCUAACUAUGUCUCGCUCAUGGAGCAUAAUUUUGUAAAAGGAAAUGGAACAGAUGGUAGUUUUGACACCCAAAGUUGGAUAACACCCAUAUUGCAAGAACUGGAACAGUCAAGUUUAUAGUGAAGGGAGACUGUUUUUUGUUUGUUUGUUAGUUUUUUUUUUCUCUUAUUCUCUGUUGUAAACUGGACAGAGUAAAAAUAGCAUUAUUUGGCUCAGUUAUUAUGUGAAGGAUUUUAAGAAGUACUUCCUUGUAAUCCUUUUUUUUUUUUAAUUAAGAACUGUGGUAUAUAACAUAUAUUGACUGGGAACAUGAAAAUGACUUAUUGUAACAGAAAGGUGCAUUUUGGAUAAAUCUGUCAAGAUAAUCCAAUCUGCCAAAUUUCAGAUUCUCGUGUCUAUCCAUUAAAAAUGUUGAUCAAAGCCAGUUUCUGGAGGCUAACAAAAAAAUGAUAUGUACUAUCACAGGCUUUACUGACACAUUCUUUGAAUGAGGUGAAAAAGCUCAAAGCAGUGGGAAAAGAGAGAGGUCUUUCUUGGUGGAUUCUCUCUUCUUAAACCCUCUGAUUUCUCAAAAUUGGAUUGGCACUGUACAUUUUGGUUGAUGUUUUGAAUAGUUAGGGUUUUUUUUAAAUUGAAAAUACUGAACGAAAGAUUCUUGAUCUUGUUUCUUACACUUUGAUACUAAUAUUUCCCAAAUGUUCUCAAGCCAUUGACACCAAUUUUCAAUGAUUCUUUAAAUUCUGUGUUAGGUAUAAUUUCCCUAAUUCCCCUAAACCAAUUCCAAAUUACAUGUGCUGGAAAUAUAUUUUUUGUUAUUUGAUUGAAAAGGGUAAGAAUAUUCUUUCCAUCUCCUUAACUUGGUUUUGAAAUAAUUUGAGGAAAUUUUGUGAGUAGCUUUGAACUAGAAGGAUCUUUUUGAACGACUUUCCAAAGGAAGGUAAUUGGGAAGAUUAGUUGUCUUCUUUCUUUCUAGUAUAAUACAAACUUUUAGACAGCCAAGAUGCAAUUGUUUUCCUUUUUGUGGUUUUAAUUACUAAAACUUUCCCCAAUUAAGAACAAAUAUUACGUUUUUAAGUCUUUUAUUUGGUUUAGUACCCUCCUGCUAAAUUCGGAUGUUUAAAUGGGAAGAAUGGGGACUGCAAUGGUUCCAGUUUUUUACAAAGCAACCAGUAAAUAUAAAAUUAUCUUCACUUACCAUGUGCAGCUAUUAAUGAGCAAACAAAAAUAAAUGCCAUUGGUUAAUUAUUUUAGAAGAAAAGAUAAUAUAGGGUAAUCUCAUACAACUCUUAACCCUAAGGCCUUAUUGUGUGUAAAUCUGCAGUGUAUAAUCUCAGUCACCAUCACUUGGUGAUAAUGCUGUAAUAUCUUUUGUUAGUGAAACUAUCAAUUUUACCAGCCAGUUACUGGCAUUAAAUUUCAUGACUGACAGAUUCUACCCUUUGUUAAGGUAAAGCUGUAAUUUAAAUGUUUCCAGUGAAAGAGAGUGCAAAAUGAACAUA